ACUAAGAAUUCAAUCGCGUCCGGCAGUCCUUUGUCAAGCAGAAAAGCUUUUGUCGUUUGAGAAGUGCAAGUGUUAGUGAGACAGGCUAAGACGAGAGAAUGACCAUUACGUGUGACUCCUGUGGAGCCAACUGCACGGGCGAAGUGCUCAAGGUGCAGGACAAGCAUUUCCACAUCCAGUGCUUCACGUGCAAAGUGGCUUGUUUGCAAACUGAAGCUAGUGUUGGACAUCUCACUGCAUUGUUCCACCAUACCAACACCAGGCCUUACUAUUCAACCCUCACAGUGUGCAAGCGACUGCUGGCAUCUGGUGGCUAUUUCAUGAAGAAAGGAGAGUACUACUGCAGUGGAGACUACCACAGCCAGUACGGGACAAAGUGCAAGACGUGUGGUGACUUUGUCGAAGGUCGGGUCGUGACAGCUCUCGGAAACUCCUACCAUCCGCGCUGCUUCACCUGUGACCGCUGCAAAAAUGAGAUUCGUAGUGGCACGGCUGUCACGUACAACGACCGUCAGGAGAUCCUCUGUCAGUUGUGUACCAACGCUACACUCCGGGACCGAGGGUCAGACGACAGUAGACACUCGGAGCAGUCCACACCGACCAACGAACGGGCAGACAGACCGUCGGAAGAGCCAGAAAUUCCCUCGCAGAGGGAGAGGGAAAACGGAGGAGAACACGUCGACCCUCUGUUAGACUUCUCAAAGAUACAAGACGUCAAUCCCGCAGUCAAAGCAAGGCUCGGCAAGUGUGCAGGUUGUAAUGAGUCAAUCAACAGUUGCCAGUCGCUGAUAGCUCUCGACAAACACUGGCACCUCUUCUGCUUCAUCUGCACGAAAUGCAACAAGCUCCUCACUGCCGAGUACAUGAACAGAGGGGAAGAUCCCUACUGUGAGACUUGCUACCACAACAUGUACGGAGUUGAGUGUCAAAUGUGCCGUCAGUACAUCACUGGAAGAGUAUUGGAGGCAGGAGACAAGUGUUUCCACCCGGAUUGUGCCAACUGCUGCAAGUGUGGGCUCAGUUUCGACGAGGGCGAAGACAUGUGCAUUGCUGGAGACGACGUCUGGCACUUGGACUGCGACAAGGUCCGGGCUGAGCAGGGGAUUCACACAGCUGUUUUGUUUGUCAGUGAUGGAUACUCUCACGUGUUGUUACACAGACACAGAGUCCAGUUCCGAAGGCUCGCGGUCUCGUUCCAGAACCAGAAGUGUUGGUACCACUCCAUCCCCUCCUGGUUAGCUCACACGGUGUGCGUGUUAGUGAGUGCAAUCCUUCGCCCGCUCUCUGCUGCAGACACACUCUCCAGAGGCCAUCGCUCACUCUCUCAGGUUCAGAUGUCCCGAGGCACCAGUUCCAACAAACCCACAAAGAUGUAUCCCCUGGCUGAGAUCCAGCUGAUAGGCAGCGUUCGUCUACCUAGAGGAGUGGACAGAACAAAGCUGGAGCAUUAUCUGUCAGACGAGGAUUUCUGGUCAGUGUUCAAGAUGGCCAGAGACAGUUUCCGGGCCCUGCAGCCAUGGAAACAGCUGGACCUCAAAAAGAGGGCCAACCUCUUUUAGACAUGCUUCACUCAUCCUCACUUUUUUGAGUCAGCACCACGCUUUUUGUGUUUUUCUCACCGCCAUUUUUUUACCCCAUCAUCUUUUUUGUGAGCAGCCACAAAAAUUGCAUGCACACAAAUGUGGGUGUGUCCGGCUGUCGAGGUACACCCCCUUUUUUGCACAGCACACCACCCACAGUUAGCUGGCCAAGUCGAGGCGAGAGAACAUGUCGUCCAUACGCAAAGACGUGGCUCGGGUGGUGAGGCUAAAAGAGUUCCACAGCCGCGUGGAGCAGCUGCUGCCGCCCGCAGACCGGGACUAUUUCUUCUACGCGCUCAAAGAGUACAACAGGUACAAGAGCGUGGCGAAGCUGAUGCUGGCGCUGAACUCGUGUCUGGACACGCCAGAGAAGCUGGACCUGCUGCCCAGCAUCCGAGAGCUCAUCCCGAGACACGACCGGAGGAAAUUCGACAACCUGGCUCCCUACAACCGCAUGGCUCACCCUCCCUCUCCUCUCCCGGACCCUCCAGGAGAGACGAGGGAGGCGGAGCAGAGACAAAGAGCUGGGACACAGGGUCCAGACGGUGCCGUCGGUGUAAGGGUCCGGAGAGUAAGGAGUGUAUUUCUGCAGAGAGACAAGGGAAGGGGCUUGGGACUCAGCAUCCGUGGAGGCAGGGAGCACGAGAUUGGGAUCUUCAUCUCACAGGUGGACCCCUUCUCGCUGGCAGAGAGGAGCGGGCUGGCCGCGGGAGACAUGAUCCUGAGUGUGAAUGGAUUCAGCUUCGAGAGCAUCACCCACCAGUCCGCUGUGCUCAUCCUCAAGUAUCACGACCAGCUGCAGUUGUCAGUGGCCAGUGUUGGCCAGAUUCCAGGCAUACCCAGAGAGAGAAAAUCUCUCAUCUGGGUUGAUACAUCAGGUAAUCCAGUGAAUGGCGAGGCAGCUGAGGAACUAUCGACCUCUAUGGAAAAGGACCAGCGGGAAGGAGACCGACUUCUGGAGUCCCCAGACAAACACAAAGUGGUGCUGAAGGUCGAAGAGGAACAACCGCUGGGGUUCAGCGUUCGUGGUGGACGCGAAUUCUCCCUUGGAAUAUUCAUAUCACAGGUGGAGGCAGGGUCCCCGGCGGAGGGGUCCGGUCUGAACUCAGGGGACCAGAUCCUGGGGGUCAACGGCCACAGUUUUGUCUCCAUUCUGCACCAGGAGGCAGUGGCUGUCCUCAGAGCCUACACCACCCUCGUCCUCACAGUCAGAAGUCUGGGGAGACUGCCUCAGUUGGUGAGUGAGGAGAGGGAGGAGGUCGAUGGAGCCACACCCACCAGUCCCGCCCAGCCACCACACCCACAACCAGUGGCACAGGAGAGCCGGGAGGGAAGUGACCAGCCCCACAAUGUUCCCGGACACCACACCCACAGUGACCCCACAACUCCGACUGAAACGAUGGAGCGACUGGCGUAAAUCCGUCUCUCAUCGAUCUCAGAGUGUUCGGGAUUUCUUCAGACCACGCUCCCUCUAUGCUCCGCCCCUCACCAUCGUCACCAUCCUCCCCACUCUCACUCUCACCGGCAGCAGUCAGGUCUGGGACCAAGUAGAGAGAGCCUUUCAGUCCCACACUAUCGGAUCCGAUCUGACUCUGAUGGAGCUCUGACAAAUCAUCGCCACAACAAGCCACGAUCAGGCAGUUACCC